AUGGAGACCAUCCCCGCUACCCUGGCGAUACUGACCCUCGCCGAAGGCGACCCUGUCCGCGCCAUAACGUGGAGCGCCAACUUCGGACGCGACGCAGACACCAUCGCCACGAUGGUCGGAAGCAUAGUCGGCGCGCUGCACGGUGCGUCCGGCCUGCCUUCAUCGUGGGUCGCCAAGGUGGAGGCAAAUCCAGCCUUCACCUACCAGGACGAUACCCAGAAACUGGCCCAGGUCGUCCGCAGUCGCAUCGACGAGUCUAAGAAGACAAUGGCCGCUGUGGAGUCGCUGGGGUAG